AAAAACAGGCGAUAAAAUGGGUAAAGAGCUUUCUGGGCGAGCUUUAGUUGCGCUUUGCAGCGUCAACAAAUGAAGCUGCAGUUAGCUUUAGCCUACAGCAGCAGCUUGUAAUUAUAUCAGCUGAGCAACAACAAAAUACAAAGUAUAAUCUACAUAGUAUAUAUACAAACAAUUGGCAACGAUGCCGCCUACGACUUUUCUGGGUAAGAGCAGCAAACCAAACGUAGGGAGAGCGCGUGAAAAAGUAAACAGUGAAAACGAAAUAUUAAAAGUUUAGGUACUACAAUUAGUUAAAUACUAAUACUAACAAAGCAGUGGGAGCACAGUUGUAUUUGAGCGCUCUCAGCUUCGUGGCCGCGUUGCUGAUUAGAUAAAAAAUAUGUUUUGUAAUGAACGUUCCAAAGAAACAUUUGAUAUUGAACGCUCAACGUGUGAAAAGCGACAAAACAAAACAAUCUUUAAAGUAAAACAAUAAAUUUAACAAUUAAAUAUGCUAACAGAAUAUGCUGGAAAUCUGUCACAUCCGCUGGAGUUUGGGCAUGUGCUGGAAAUUGUGGCCAAGACCAUAGAUGGCGCAGCCAGAUUCCACAUAAACCUGUGCAGCGCCAAGACUGCGGUGAAUCCCGAGGCGGACAUUGGUUUACGUUUCAGCUGUUACUUUCGCACAGAUCAAAUAGUGCGCAAUGCACGCAUCAAUGGCGUCUGGGGUGAGGAGGAGAACCAAGUGAUGGACAGUCAUACGCUGCCCAAUCCCAUUGUGAGCGGUGAAUUCUUUAUGGUCUAUAUAUUAGCCUGCGAGGAUUGCUUUCAUAUAUCCAUUAAUAGCAGAGAGUUUUGCAAAUUCUAUUAUCGCUUGCCUUUGGGCGCUAUACGCGCCGUCGAAAUCCGCGAUCAAAUACAAGUCAUAAAGCAAGUGGAUCAUCGCACGAUUUACCCUAAUCCAUGGCCAGCGGUACAUGCAUCGGAUUACUUUAAGGCAUUUAGCAAUGAUCAGCCCAUACUCUUUAGUCCGGGUCAUGUUAUUGUUAUAACGGCACGUUGCUUUGCCAAUCAACGUGGUCAGUUUAUCAUCAAAUUUAUGGAUUCGGAUACAAAGCGCGAGGAGCUGCACUUUAGCGUUCGAUUCGAUGAGAACGUUGUGGUGCGCAAUACAAUGAACAAGAAUUUUGACUUUGGCACCGAAGAACGUCACGGCGGUUUUCCUUUCAAGUUCAAUCAACAAUUCAAACUGGCUUUGGCUUUUACGGAACGCGAAGUGCUCACCGCUGUGGAUGGCUAUAAUUUCUUUAGUUACGCCUGGCGUACACCCAGUGCCAUGAUGAACUUAGUGGGCUUUAAGGUGACUACAAUAAAUGGACUCGUUAUACAAAUAACUGGUGUGGAUCACAUGCAAACCGGCGAUCCAACUUGUGCAGCAUUUGAGAAAUAUUCACGACAUGACUACGAGUGUGCAUAACUAAAUUAAAUCAAGGCUGAAAAUAAAACCUUAAAUACAUUU